AUGCAUCCCCGCCUCUUCUACCUUUCCAAGUCCCUCCGCCGGCCUUCCCUCUCCGGCCUCUUGAGAACCAUCUCCUCCACCCCGGUUCAAGGGGUGCCCGAUGGGAGAUCCGCCUCCACAGCGGCGGGGAUCCCAGCGGCCCCCGCCCCGGGGCGGACGCUCGCCGAUUUGCGGCGACGCCUGGCCGAGGAGACCCCGAUCCUCUCCGAUUUCGCAUACUCCGUAGAGGUGGGCACGAAGAAGAACCCCAUUCCGAAGCCAAAAUGGAUGAAGCAAACCAUUCCCGGCGGCUCGAAGUACGCCGCCAUCAAGGCAAAGCUGCGGGAGCUGAAGCUCCACACGGUGUGCGAGGAGGCAAAGUGCCCCAAUCUCGGAGAGUGCUGGUCCGGGGGCGAGACGGGAACCGCUACUGCCACUAUCAUGAUCCUUGGAGACACCUGCACUCGCGGCUGUAGGUGAGCCCGAUCUCCCUGGAAUCUUAUGGUAUCUUGGGUGGUGUAGAAGCCAGUUACGAAUUUUAAAAAAUUCUACGCUUUUUCGCAGUCCUAAUCUCUGUAGGGGAGAGAGAGAGAGAGAGAGAGAGAGAGAGAAACUUCGCUCAAUUCUCCUCUUUUCAUCAGAAAGAAAACAUAUUCGUGUAAAUAGAAUUGGAAAUCAUCUUCAAUCGUUUCAAUUUUGGUUUCCUGAGAUACUUUUUUUUCCAGAUGAUGCCUCGUAUUCCUGAAUGCAGUGGACUUUGACUCUGAAAACGAUCCAAUCUAUUAAAAAUUAUGCCACUUUUCUCUUCUAAUUUGAAGAAUUGAAUUCUCGGAGAUAUGAAUGUAAGAGGAUUUUAUUAAUUGAGAAAGAAAUCACCUUGGAAGUUUCACGCUAUGUAGACAGUGGUAGAGAAUGCGGGUGGAGAAUCCAAAGUAAUUCUGUGUUUUAUGUUGGCUUGGGCGCUACAGGCUUAGCAUCAAAAGCUGCACUCCCUUUAUCUUUUCUCCAAAUGAAUUUCAUUGAUGUGAGUUGAGGGUAUCUAGACAAAUAUUUCAGGGUUGACCUUUUCCUGUUCCUCUUAUAUUUAGCCAGAUGGAAUUUCAUUCCUUGACUUUUUGGUUGACUUUCUCAAUUGAAUAAAUUACUUUUAGGUAUUUACUGCAUGUUGAGAUUUUAGGAAUUAUUGGCUUACAUAUGGCUGCAAGUAGAAGACCCAUUAAGUAUGCUCUGUGAGUGGCCGGCUCUCUCGUGCUUUCUUUUUUCAAAAUAGUGAUCAUUGUGUCCAAAACGCCUCAUGAGAUCGCCCUAUAAAUUUAUGGUGCAUUUCUAACUCUUGUUCUGUACUGCGGGUGCUGUUUCAUCUCAAUUCCUAUUUUAUGUAUGAUGGUGCUCGAAUUUUUAUUCACUGGAGACCUUCAAAUAUUUUUUUGAAGAGCUUACUCUCAAAUUGGGUUUAUUACACUCUCUUGUUAUCCUUCCAAGUCUAAAUUUUUUAUGUUUUUCGGUGUUUUUGACUAGGUUCUGUAACGUUAAGACAUCACGGACCCCCCCACCUCCAGAUCCUGAUGAGCCAUCUAAUGUUGCUGAGGCAAUUGCUUCUUGGGGUCUGGACUAUGUGGUAAUUACUAGUGUCGACCGUGAUGAUUUAGAUGAUCAAGGAAGUAAUCAUUUUGCUGAAACAGUGCAAAAGCUGAAGGCUCUGAAGCCAAACAUGCUAAUAGAAGCACUUGGUAUGACAUUUAUUCACUAUAGAUUGUGUUUCAUGCUUGGGGAUUAUUUCCAUGUCUGAGUUUCUCAAUGCUUUUGAUGUUGCAUUCAGCAUUUGUCAUUUUAUUUUAGGUCAAUACUUGGGAUUAUUUACAGACGGAUUACUUACAGAUCAAAUGCUUGUUUCAUCUACUUUCAAAUUAGUGCAGGUGCUUAUGAGUUAAGAGUAUUUCUAGCAUGGCAUCCUCUCGUUCAAGCCACUAAGUGGUCCUUCGUUCUGAAAUCAGACCGUUCCAUUCCUUGUUGUUCCCAUUAUCUGGGAACAGUGUAGAGAAACCUGAUAGCGGGGAAAUUUUGGCGGGGUUAUUGUAAGUGACAACAACAUAGGCUUAUGCAGAGAGAGCAAUCCACUGUAAGAACAGAAAAUGAUGAGAAAAGAGAGGCAAUUCGGCUUUCACUGGCUAUAACUUCACCACUGGAGUUUCAGUUUUUUUCUUAUUUUCUUGAAUUUUAUGUGUUCUCGUUUUUAUUAUGUGUUAUCCUCUACUUUCCUUCUUCAAUGACCGAAGAGAAGAGCAAGAUGCACCUUGCACCUCCAUUCUUACCCUCUCUCCCUCUCUCUCCCUCUCUCUCUCUCUCUCUCUCUCUCUCUACCCCUUCCUCGUUCUUUCUUCUUGUAUAUUUCUUCAACAACAUGUUAUCCAUCCCAACUUAAAGGGGAUUUUGGUUCAUCAAGCUUUCAGAAAGCAGGUGACAGAAUCCCCCUCUCUCUCUCUCUCUCUCUCAGCCCCUUCCUCGCUCUUUCUUCUUGUAUAUUUCUUCAACAACGUGCUAUGCGUCCCAAUUUAAAGGGGCUUUUGGUUCAUCAAGCUUUCAGAAAGCAGCUGACAGAAUUCCUCUUUUAUCUGUCCCAAAGUGAUCUCUCCUCCAUAGCCACAUAAAUUAUUCUGUUGACUCUUCCUCAGAAAGCAAUGAAACCGGUUUGGCAUCCAAGAAAACCAGAAAGUACUGGAUUCUGGCUGGCCCAAUACCUGUCUGUAGGUGUUUAUCAGCUAACUUCUAAUUUAUUCACAUUUGAUCUUUAGUAUAUAAACACUGUUGUCAAGUGUGGGCACAAGCAUGAUAUGGAACCUGUCAAUUGUUUGAGAAAAUAUGCAUGUAUUUGCGAAGAAUAAGCAUCCACGUGCAUCUAUUCACACGAAUUCCAAAGGAAGACCAAUCAGAACAUAUUUUAGGCUAAAGAAUUUGGGAUUUCUUGAUUCAGGGAGAUUUUGAAUUGCAUGAUUGUAAGGACCAACGCAUUGGGAUGAUUGAGUCACCAGUGUAAGCAUGCUGUGUUUGAAGCCCGGAAAGCUAGCAUUGACAAAGUUAGUCUCUGGCUAGUACUAAACUUUUCAGCUUGCCCUCUACAGAUGACCUAAAACAGAAAGAAAAGGCGUGGCAUUUAGGUUAUGAGGAUCCUACAGGGUUGAGGCAGCCAAAUUUACAUCUCAUCUGAUGAUUAGUUCUGUUUUUUCCGAGGCUAGGACUGACUUUCUUUAAAUCUAAAUGGUUUCGAUUUUAACCAAAUCAUGGUCCUAUGACAUCUGAUUAAACCUGAUAUGAUCCACUGUCCCAACCGUGGCCUGUAAUUGAUGUACGCAUGUAAUGCCGACAACUUCUCUCUAGUCUUUGCUACCGUUGAAGCUGCAAUUACGAAUGGAUGUCACUUUCUUAAUGCACAAGGAUUAUUGAAGUUACCUAUCCAGCAUAGCCUAUAGGACCAAAUGCCAAAGAGAUUGUUGGGAAAGAUGUUAACGACCGGUGAACAAAAAUUCAUGAAGACAUGAGACAUAAUGAAAGCUAACUUUGCACCAAGUCAGUAAUAUCUGCAUUUUGUAUACUGUGAGCACCUUCUAGUUUAUACAUUUCUAUCCAUGUACUUCCUUGGGUGAAAGAAUUUAGUUUGUUGAUUAUUUAUCUGUCGUAUUCCUUUAAGGAAAACAUGCUCUUGUUCAUAUGGUAGCCUUUAAUCUCUUUCCUGAAUUGCUCAGACCUUUGAUAUACACAUCCUCUCAUUGCUGAGAUUGUAUUCCAAUGAGUUUUUGACAACAUUUCGUGGCUGAAUUGUUUCGUGUAUUUAUUUUUUUGCCUGAAUUUAAAUUGUGCUUUAUGAAUAUUUGAAGUUCAUGAUCCAUAUGCAAAACUUCUGCUUGACAGCGUGGAGUAAUCCAAAAGUUAUUUUUUAUAAUUAGGAACUUCAGUGAAAAAUUGGAUAAUAAUUCCAAGUCAUUGAAUACUUGCGGGCAUCACUGCUACCACAAAUUUUGUGAUUUGGGUGAUGGGAACUUCAGCACUAAGACGUUAAAGGGCUACAACCGGUAGAAAAUGACUUGGAAUUAUUGAACUCGUAUCUAGUCCAAGACACAAAUCUGCUAACUAUAUCACAAAGAAAUCAAGGCACAGACUGAUAAAGUCAUCUAGUUUAAAUGUGAUCGUCUGACUCAGGGAACUAGAUCUACUAUUUUUUGAAUUUGAAAAAUGUGAUUUGAUUGUAUUUAAUUUGGUGAUGAGUUAUUUCUUUCGAUACUUCAUUUUCGAGAAAAUAUAACUUUUAUCAUUGUAAAAAACUGUAAGAAAAUGGAAAAAUUAGAGAGUGCAUUGUUUAUUUUAAUAUAUAAAAAAAAUCAUGACAAUAGAGUGGAACGGUAGUUCUUUUCCUGAUUUUGAACAAUAGAGGGCCUUUUAUGAUCAGAAAUGCAUGUUAAUUGCAUUUGUAGGCCGUUAUCGUGAAAUAAUGAAUUCAAACGAUGCAAUAUUCAGAAGUAAAGUUGAUUGUGGGAUGAUGCCAAAGAUUGGAUUUUCGCGGCCUUUGGGCUCUUCUUGUGACUCCUUCCAUUGGGAAUAGCUUAUUGAUUGGCCCUUUGAUAGUUCUCUUAAGGAAUUUUCGUGGUUCUCCCAAGGGAGGGGAUAAUUAUUGGUGCUAGAGUAGUUUGAGAUUGAAAUUAGUCCUCUUAUCUCUAAAAAUUUUAGAAUACAGAAAAAUCUUAAUUAAAAAGACUGCUAAGUCUAGGGUCGUAGGCAAAGUGAACUUAAAGUAACCUAUCCUCUGGCUGUUCGUAAUUUCUCCAGGAACCUCCAAUGGAGAAGUUGCUUCCUCUGACAGAUUCCAGGGUUGAAGGUAUUUAAAUUGAGUUAUUCAUAAAAAGAACUGUAAAAAAAAAUUGUACAUUUCAUAAAAAGAAUAAAAUUGGAAGCUCCAGAUCAGUUUCAUCCCAUGACCUGGACACUCUUCAUCCAAACGAAAGUAGCAUGAAGCGGUUAUCCUGUAAGAUGUCAAUAGACAGCUUAAGAUACGAGUCAGAUUUCUGUGUUCCACCAUGUAUAGAGAAGCUCAGAAAUCAUCUCAAGGGCAAGAGCGUGCAAUGAUUUGGGGACGCGGCAGCUCAAGGAGACAGAUUGGAAACUUUUGAGGGAAGGAGAUGAGCAUGAUUUCAGCACGGGUAAAAACGUGCAACCUUGGGAAGUAAUUUUAGCGAGGGACCCUAGGAGAAGAAAGCAAAUGGGUUGCAGAUAGCAGAACAAGUAUCGAUGAACGAGGCAGACGGAAACAGGAGUUGGAUGUCGUCGUCACACAAAGAACAAAAGUGAUUGUGGACCAGCUUAAAAUUUAUACGUGGAGUAGGCGUUUGACACUUUCUAAGGAGAUGAAACAAUAUGGAUGGGACUCGCCCCGUAAUCAGCCCAGAGGAUGUUGGCACGGAGGUUAAUGGCUCUAGUCAUAGAGUAUGGCAUCGAGGAGGCUGUCUGGUUAAGACUGUGUCUGCACUAUCGGGAUGCUAUCAAAGACUUUAUGAUUGUGUUUUCCUUGAUAUCGUUAUAAUUUGAUUGAUUCGAUUUUUAUGCCUCAGACCCGUGAUAGACGGAGGAUGAGGCAGGUGCUCUGUUGUCACCCCACAUAUCACCUGCUGUGAUUGCCUUCCUUCAUGAAGGAAAUCCAUUUGAGCGAGCGGUACCACAAAACCAUUUCUGUCCCCUUUUGGAAUGUUUGAAAACCCAAAGAAGAUGAGAAGAAACUCGCGAGACCUACUGGUAGUAGCAUAUGGGAAAAGCCUACUAUUUGUCUCUCAUCCAUCUCUACAGACGCCGAGUAUAAUCCGAGCUUUGUUCAUGGCAUGAUCCCUCUCUGCGUGUUACGCAUUUAUAUCUAAACGACUCAAGAUCUCUCUUCGUGCUUCUUUUUCGGGCUUUAUUCUCGCCGUUAAGAUCCUCUUAAUCUUGCUGACGCGGUAUAAUCUGUCCUCCUCAGUUCCCGACUUCCAAGGAGACUCCAAAUGCGUGGAGAGGGUCGCAACAUCUGGAUUAGAUGUUUUCGCCCACAACAUUGAGACGGUGGAAGAGUUACAGGGCGUGGUCAGAGAUCGACGCGCCAACUUCGAACAGUCAAUCGGAGUUCUUAAAAUGGCGAAGAGCUAUGCUCCCGCUGGUACUCUGACCAAGACCUCGAUCAUGCUGGGGUGCGGCGAGACCCCCGACCAGGUUCUAAGCACGAUGGAGAAGGUGAGGGCUGCGGGGGUCGACGUCGUGACCUUCGGACAGUACAUGAGGCCGUCCAAGCGGCAUAUGCCCGUCUCCGAGUACAUCACGCCGGAAGCCUUCGAGAAAUAUCGAUCCGUCGGCGUGGAAAUGGUAAGUCUUCUGCUGCCCAUGAAUAAUUGUGUAUAUAAGCUAAAAAGUUUUCACGACGACCUUCAAUUUGCUUGCCCCUCUCCUUUGAGCCAUCCGCUGACUAUGGAGACUUGCGUUGCCGUCUUCCUCUAGAUUCAUUAGUAUAUCUGACUGUUCGAGAGGCCAAUAAAUUUUCUGGACAAAAUUCUGGUCGGUGUUACUUCACCAUACACAACUACUCUGCCGUCUACUCUGUGCGCUCUUGAUCCCCUCGCAGUUGAUUUUGUCUCGCAGCUGAGCCGCUGUCAUCCCACCUCAGAUUAACUCUCCGACAGAUCUAGAGCCGAAUACCGCCGCCGCCGCCCAUCAUGUGCCCUCACUUCCCCCUCAGUUAUCUAUGCUGAUCUUUCCAACUUUCUGGGCUCUUCUCUAUCUUGUUCUGUCAUUUUCGCUCAUCCACCGGAAUCCCCAAAUUGGUGGAGGCCCAUCCGGCUCUUUCCCAGCGCGUCACCCCAGUAAGCAGAGCCUAGUGGGCAGGUGGCUAGCUCCCCUCAUGACGUCGCGAACAGUCCCUGUAUCUUUUGUCUUGAAAGCCAGACUGGUGGGUUUGUCCGAACCUCUGCUCCGACAUUGAGCAGCCAUCAACCGGACGGAACAGUUGUCUCAUCUGAUCUCAUCUGAUCUCAUCCCUGCCAGCGGCCAUUGCCAUUGGAGGAACCUAAGGCAUCUCUUCGUCCGUUGCCGAAUGGAUCACGGCAUCUCCAACCCUCCGGCCUGUUCACUCAUUCCGGCUGGCAGAUGGAAUUAUUAGUGGGCCCUGCGUGGGUUGUCUAUGCCUCAUGCUUCCAUGUCUUAAUGACGUCCUCGUCGUCGUUCACAUGGCAGGGAUUCCGGUACGUGGCGUCCGGGCCCAUGGUCCGCUCCUCUUACAAGGCUGGCGAGUUCUACAUAAAGUCAAUGAUCGACGCCGAUCGCGCCCGCGCCCCAGCCUCGCCAUGA